GCAGCUGCAGCUCUGAUACUCAAAUAUUAACAUCCAGACCCUCCACACAGCGGCUCACAAACACCGACAAGUACAGGGGAAACGACAACAUGGCGAUUAAGUUCUUGGAGGUGAUAAAACCGUUCUGUGCGGUUUUACCUGAGAUUCAAAAACCAGAAAGAAAGAUCCAAUUCAGAGAAAAGGUGCUAUGGACAGCUAUCACCUUGUUCAUCUUUCUUGUGUGCUGCCAGAUACCUCUUUUUGGAAUCAUGUCUUCAGACUCAGCAGAUCCAUUUUACUGGAUGAGAGUAAUUAUGGCUUCCAACAGGGGUACUCUGAUGGAGUUGGGAAUCUCCCCUAUUGUGACUUCUGGUCUAAUCAUGCAGCUGCUAGCAGGAGCUAAAAUCAUUGAGGUUGGAGAUACACCUAAAGACAGAGCACUGUUUAAUGGAGCUCAGAAAUUAUUUGGAAUGAUCAUUACCAUUGGCCAGGCUAUAGUGUACGUAAUGACGGGCAUGUAUGGAGACCCAUCAGAGAUGGGUGCCGGAAUCUGUCUUCUAAUCAUCAUUCAGUUGUUUGUAGCUGGUCUGAUUGUGCUGCUGCUGGAUGAGUUGCUUCAGAAGGGCUAUGGUUUGGGUUCUGGUAUCUCUCUCUUCAUAGCCACCAACAUCUGUGAGACCAUUGUCUGGAAAGCCUUUAGCCCAACGACAGUCAACACUGGCAGAGGAACUGAGUUCGAGGGAGCCAUUAUUGCUCUGUUCCACCUGUUGGCUACCCGUACUGAUAAAGUUCGUGCUCUUAGAGAGGCCUUUUACAGGCAGAACCUGCCAAACCUAAUGAACCUCAUUGCUACCGUCUUUGUCUUUGCUGUGGUUAUAUACUUCCAGGGCUUCAGAGUUGAUCUGCCUAUCAAGUCUGCACGUUACCGUGGCCAGUACAACACAUAUCCCAUCAAGCUUUUUUACACAUCCAACAUUCCCAUCAUUCUGCAGUCUGCGCUGGUGUCCAACCUCUACGUUAUCUCUCAGAUGCUCUCCACGCGCUUCAGUGGCAACUUUCUGGUUAACCUGCUGGGAACUUGGUCUGAUACAUCUUCUGGUGGUCCUGCUCGUGCCUACCCUGUAGGAGGCCUGUGCUACUAUCUUUCUCCUCCAGAAUCAUUUGGAUCGGUGUUGGAUGAUCCAGUCCAUGCCAUCAUCUACAUCGCCUUUAUGCUGGGCUCUUGUGCCUUCUUUUCCAAGACAUGGAUCGAAGUGUCUGGAUCAUCUGCCAAAGACGUGGCUAAACAGCUAAAGGAACAGCAAAUGGUGAUGAGAGGACACAGAGAAACAUCCAUGGUGCAUGAACUCAACAGGUAUAUCCCAACAGCAGCUGCUUUUGGUGGGCUGUGCAUUGGUGGUCUGUCAGUCAUGGCUGAUUUCCUGGGAGCUAUUGGCUCAGGAACAGGAAUCUUACUGGCUGUCACAAUCAUCUACCAGUACUUUGAGAUCUUUGUCAAGGAACAGAGUGAAGUUGGCAGCAUGGGGGCGCUGCUCUUCUAAAUCUUCUACACAUGGACACAUGCAAAUGCUAAGACACAUAAUCUCAAACACUUUUAUUAUUUUAUGAACGUUAUUGCAAUUUUACUUUUUGUGCAAUGUAAGUUGUCCAUUUUCAACAGUGCUGUCUUUAAAGAACAUCCUGCUCUAUGCCAGUUUGGCUGUAAAAGGGUCUUUGGUCAGGAGAAGAGAACAAAUUAUGGAUCUCCUAAAGGUUAAGGGUCAGUAAAGAUAGACUCUGUGAGCUCUGAAGACAGAUGAUGUGUGUCCAUGUCUUAUUUUCAAUUAGUUUCAUCAAACAUUUCCAACAGGUUUUUUUGCUUGUUCUGCUGUAUCCAUUAUAGUCCUAGCAGAGAUAAGGAGUUGUUUGUCAUGUCUCAUGCAUUUAAACAUGCAGUGUUCUAGGUUUAAGCCACAUUCUAAGCAGCAGUGUGGUAUACUCUAAACGUCCUCUUGCCCUUGGCAGCAAAAGCCCAUCUGACAGUAUGUCACCAUGGCCAUGUUGGUGCUUGCUAGCUUGUUAAGGAUGUUAGUUACAUAUAGGUAGACCUUUCAGAACCAACGUUAUGUAUUGUGGAAGAUCGCGUGAUCGAAUUGUCCAACCAAGUUGGAAGAGAGAACACUGCUGAGCACGGUUAUCCAAGCUGGAAGCUGUCUACGUAAAUUAUUCAACUGGCCACAGUCUCAGUGACGCAUUAUUAGAUUUUUGAUGUCUUACUGAUUAGUUUGUAUGUAUGACAUGAAAUUGCCAUGUGAGUUUUUUUCAAUAUGUAAAAUACUUUUCCAGACAUCUGUCUUUUGAAGAGUGCUCAUUCUCAAUAAAAGCUCUUUUUGGAAACAAA